GCUCAUCGUAAGCCGGAUCGAUUCAGCCACUGCCAGCGCCGCCCCAGGAGUAUAAGAGCCCUCGUGUCGCGCAGCCCCCUCGUCCUCGACUUACUUUUCUCCCUCCAUCUUCCCCUCGCCAUUCCAUACACUCAGCACGAUGUCCGACGGCAAGCUCCUCACCCUCAACACUGGCGCGCAGAUCCCUCAGAUCGGUCUCGGGACCUGGCUGUCCGAGCCCAACGAGGUCGAGAAUGCCGUUGAGAUCGCCGUCCGCCACGGCUACCGCCAUCUCGAUCUCGCGAUGAUCUAUCAGAACCAGGACGAGGUCGGCCGCGCGCUCAAGAAGGUCAUCCCCUCCGUCGUCAAGCGCGAGGAGCUCUUCAUCACCUCCAAGCUGUGGAACUCGUCCCACAAGCCUGAGCUCGUCGAGAAGGAGCUCGACGAGACCCUCUCACAGCUCGGCAUCGACUACCUCGACCUCUACCUGAUCCACUGGCCCGCCGCGUUCGCUUCCGGCAAGGGCCUCUUGCCCAAGCGCGCGGACGACGAGAAGUGGGUCGAGCUCGACACAGAGACGUCGCUCGCGGACACCUGGAAAGCGAUGCUCGCACUCCAGAAGACGGGCAAGGUCAAGGCCGUCGGCGUGUCCAACUUCACGAUCGAGCACAUCCAGGGUAUCUACGACGCCACGGGUGUCUGGCCGGCGGCGAACCAGAUUGAGGCGCACCCGCUAUUGCAGCAGGACGAGCUCGACGCAUUCUGCAAGAAGAACGGCAUCCACAUCACCGCAUACAGCCCGCUGGGUAACAACUUGGUCGGGAAGCCGAAGCUCACGGACUACCCUGAGGUGCAUGCGAUCGCGAAGAAGCUUGGCGCAACUCCCGCGCAGGUUCUGGUUGCCUGGGGUGUGUAUCGCGGAUACUCGGUCAUCCCCAAGUCCGUACAAAAAGAGCGCAUCAUCUCGAACUUCAAGCAGGUCACGCUGUCGGCGGAGGACUACGAGGAAUUGACGGCGGUGGGCAAGAAGAGCCCGACGCGGUUCAACAUCCCCUUCUACUACUCGACGCGUUGGGAUAUCAACAUCUUCGGGCAGAAGGAGGAGGCGGAGGCGAAGAACACGCCGAAAGUCAAGUAAGCGCCGCGCAGUUCGAGUGUGCUAUCGCUGUUGUGCCUAGACGUGCUGAGAAGUCAAAAUUGAGAAAGUGUAUGUAGCAUACGAGUGUCGAUCGAGUGCGAUUUACGCAUUACAAACUAUUGCAUCCUCAUUGCGUGCGCUGAUUGAUUUCUACACAUGUCAGAUGUGUGCGACGCGCAGCUACAGUACGCAUAUAGAUGUAAUCACACUGAUUUACAUAGGC